CGGAAAUGACCUAAGCGGCGGCGGGCCGCUCCGGCAGCGCCGCGGACGCGGGUGCGCGCGCCAUGCCCGCGGAGCGGCCUCCGGGCACGCGGGCGCGGCGCCGACCCGGCAGGUGCCUCAUUAGUUCCACCCAGUAAAGAGCUGCCAGGGUUGGAUGGUCAUGGGGGAUCCUGGUAGAGAGGAGUAUAAAAUCCAGUCUUUUGAUGCAGAGACCCAGCAGCUGCUGAAAACAGCACUCAAAGAUCCAGGUGCUGUGGACUUGGAGAAAGUGGCUAACGUGAUUGUGGACCAUUCUCUGCAGGACUGUGUGUUCAGCAAGGAAGCAGGACGCAUGUGCUACGCCAUCAUUGAGGCAGAGAGCAAGCAGGCAGGCCAGAGUGUCUUCCGGCGUGGACUCCUCAACCGGUUGCAGCAGGAGUAUCAGGCUAGGGAACAGCUACGAGCGCGCUCCCUGCAGGGCUGGGUCUGCUAUGUCACCUUUAUCUGCAACAUCUUCGACUACCUGAGGGUGAACAACAUGCCCAUGAUGGCUCUGGUGAGCCCCGUCUAUGACUGCCUCUUCCGGCUGGCCCAGCCCGACAGCCUGAGCAGGGAGGAGGAGGCCAGCCCUGCCCUGGAAGUCACCUCCUGCUGCCCCUGCAGGUGGACUGCCUGGUGCUGCAGCUGCACCGGGUCGGGGAGCAGCUGGAGAAGAUGAACAGGCAGCGCAUGGAUGGGCUCUUUGUCCUGGUCCGGGAUGGCUUUCUGCUCCCAACUGGCCUCAGCUCCCUGGCCCAGCUGCUGCUGCUGGAGAUCAUCGAGUUCCGGGCAGCUGGCUGGAAGACCACCCCGGCUGCCCGCAAGUACUACUACAGCGAGGUUUCCGACUAGGCCUCCAGACCAGGCUCCCGUGGGAACAGCGCCUCCCACCCUGGCAGUGGCGUCUUUCCCUCUCCCACAGACUUCUUCCCUUCCAGACUUUAAGCUGCUCCCAAGUAUAAGUUUCUCACUUACACUGUGGUCCUGCCUGGAGCACCUUUCCUCCCCCAUAUGUGAUUUGAGGAAGACAACAGCCAGACCUCCCCGCUCAGGCCCAUCAGCCUCUCUCCCAUCACCUGACACCUGGGCCAGGCACAGGAGGGGGACGCCUAACCACCGCUCUGCCCUGUAACCGCUCAGGCGACACCUACCCUGGGCCUUGGCUUCCCCAUCUGUCUAAUAGGUACCUGCAGCCAUUGGUGGGAGGCUUUGGGAUGUUAAGAGGCAGAGGCAGAACACAAAUCACACCAGAAACUGCUUUUUAUACAUUUUGUACAAGGACCUCUUGGAAAACGAGCAUACUUCCAGCCGGUUUUAAUGCAUGGCAGUACCACAUCACGUGUUACACUAGUUCAGGGUGAGAAUUUUCUAAUAAACCUUUUCUGUUACUAAAA